GUGCUGGCAGCGGCUCGAGUCUGGAAAGACUGCGAUUGAAGAUCUUUCAAGAGACAAUAUAAUGUCUUCGUGCUAACUCUACUCUAAAGUACAUUUGUAAGAAAUAGCUCAUUAUUGAGCCAACGAAUAGCAAAAUCGAAUGUAUUUGGAAUUUUCUUAACAUAUUUCAUUUGAUGAAAACAAAUUAGAUCAAACACAAACUGAAUACAAAAAGAUAAUAAUAAAUGAGAUAUUAUUUGCACGACUAUUCAGAGUCGUUGGACGUUUCCUUCGUUUAAUGUAGACAUGCCUUAAAGCGGGCAAUCAUAGGGGAGACAGGAAAGUCGUGUUCUGAUACGCUGUCAGAACUAAAAAUCUAUAGUUCACGUUACGUAUAUUAUAGAUUUCAGUAUUGGUAACGUGUAUCGCAAUACGACCUAUUCCUCUAGAAAUCAGUAUCUUCCCUAUAAAAUAACUAAAGGCUAGCAAAGAGAGAAAAUAAUCCAAAUUAAAAGAAAUUUUAUUUCAAACGGGCAAUUCAGUAAUCCGAAUAUUACAUUGUUAGACAAUUUGAAACAUAAAUAAUACUUGAGAAUUUUUAUUUUACCAUCUCAAACUGUAGACAUUAUAACAAGUUAGGGAAUCAACGGUUUUCUCUAUAUACGUAUGUAUAUACAUUUAUUCUACACACAUGCAAGAUCUGCCAUAUGUCUGAGUAGCUGCCAGUAUAAACUCAAGAAGAGAAUAUAGUCAGUCGUCAUGGUUACCGUUUGCAAACGGAAGAGAGCAGCGGUAUACUUGUCAAAUGUACCGCAAAGUCUGACCUGAAGUGACUUACAACGCAGAACACAACCACUCUAUACUUCGAUGGAUAUUCUAAUGCAACAUAGCUAAUAAUAAGCAGAAUGGACUGGGCUAACGAUCUCGAGAUCACUUCGAAAAAGUUACUACCUCGCCUGGGUAGACGCGCAGGUCAAAAUAAUUUCCAAGAUGAGAGCAAGUCUGACGAUGAUCUUCUCGAGAGUCCUAUUUCCUUAUCGUCUGCAAAGUCUAUGCAAAGACCGAUAGUUCCACCUCGAUCAAGAAAAACCGGCUGGAGCGACGAAUUGAAAAGCGCCAAGUCAAGAGCGUCAAACAUCAUUGAACAGGAACGUUUUCGAGUAAUUGAAAAGGAGGAACAAGAUGAUAUUCCAGUUAUUCCAGAUUUGGAUGAAAUUCAGGAAGAUAACAUCUCGUCUGAAAUUGCAAGCGCUCCUAUUGUUAAUGCAAAUAGAGUGACUGCAUACGAGGAAUUGGAUACUGAUCUGGUGAAAAAUGCCGCGUAUACGUCGUUAGACGGCGUCAGUCUUUCUCUCCUCGCAGACAAGUUGUACAAUGAAAGUUUGGUAAAGGAACCGGAUGAAGUUUGGAAUUGGAAUCUCCUCUUCACGCAAAUUUCUUCGGAAAUCAAUAGCGAGACGCAGAAAAAGAUCAGUGCUUAAAAACGCAUUGCAAGUUGACAGAAAAUUUUUGUACUUUGAAAUAAAAACAAGAGUUCAACAUUACUGUUACGGUUAUGUCAUUCAUCGAUAUAAAUUGUUUUCUGAAAAUAAUCCUAGAAUUUAAUUUAACCUUUCGCGGUCUAAUCUUCCACAUUAAAGUCUAAAAAAUAUGAGUAUUAUUGUAUUAUCUUCUACCUAUCUAAGAAAAUAAAAAUAUCUAACACCUGA